UCGAGUCAUUCCUUCAUCAGACACACAACAGUUCGUUAGUAGCGUGCAGAAAAAAUGGCCUCGUCUUCUUCUUUUUCGAAGGCAAUUUUGGCUUUGGCUUGUGUUGCGCUCCUUGUUGGUGGCACGAGUGCCCAACUUUCCAUUUACUACUACGCCGAAACUUGCCCCCUACUCUGCCCGACAGUAAAGUCAAUUGUGCAGGAAGCAAUUGCCGCAGAGGCCCGCAUGGGCGCCUCGCUCACCCGCUUGUUCUUCCACGAUUGCUUCGUCAAUGGUUGCGACGGAUCAAACCUCUUGGACGACACACCUACUUUCACUGGAGAGAAAAACGCGGCCCCAAACCAAAAUUCCUUGCGAGGGUUCGAUGUGGUGGACAGGAUUAAGUCCGCGGUGGAGGAAGUGUGCCCCGGCGUCGUCUCAUGUGCUGAUUUGUUGGCUAUUAUCGCCCGGGACGCCGUUGAGAUACUGGGAGGGCCAGGGUGGGAUGUGAAGCUGGGGAGGAGAGAUGCGAGAACUGCGAGCCAGGCAGCAGCUAACAACAGCAUUCCUCCUCCAACUUCUAACCUCAACGCUCUCAUUUCCAGCUUCCAGAAUCACGGCCUUUCUCAAACGGACCUCGUCGCUCUAUACGGAGCGCACACAAUUGGGCAAGCGAGAUGCACGAACUUUCGGGCCAGAAUCUACAACGAGAGCAACAUCGACAACUCAUUUGCCCAAACAAUGAAGAGCAAUUGCCCAAGCGUCACCGGCGUCGGCGACAACAACUUGGACGGGCUCGACUUCCAGGAUGCGACAGUGUUCGACAACUCCUAUUUCGUCAACCUCAUGAAGAAAAAAGGCCUCCUCCACUCUGACCAACAGCUCUUCAACGGCGGGUCCACCGACUCGCUCGUCAGGACUUACGCCCAAAGCCAAGACACCUUCUACAAGGACUUUGUGGCCGCCAUGAUCAAUAUGGGCGACAUCAUGCCCCUCACCGGAUCCAACGGCGAGAUCAGGAAGAACUGUAGGAGGAUUAAUUAAUUAUUGAUGAAUUUAGGGUCUAUGUAUACUCCUUGAUAUGGGGUUUCGGUAAUAAAAUUCAAUCUGAUCGAGCUGUAUUUUGCGGGUGUUUGUUUGCAUUUGAAGCUUUUGUUGUCGUGUCAGCAUUAAGAAAAAGUUGUAAGAGUCAAAUAUUGUAAUAACAGUCUUGUCGAGAUUUUGUCAA